ACGAUAAUAAUAACGAUAAAAGAGAAAAUAUAAUAAAUAUACUCACAAUUACGAAGAAAAAGAAGAAGAGGAAGAGAAAGAAGAAGAAGAAGAGGAAGUGGAGGAGGAAGAGGAGGAGACGCGAUGAUCAUCGAUCGGUGCGGGCCGCGUAAUUCGUCGUGGAUAGUCGCGAAGUUUGCUACGAGCGAUAUGUCGCGAACUUCGCAUCAAAGUGUCGAAAACGCGCGGAAAUUUCGUUCGUUCGAAUAGGGGGUAGUGUUUGUACGAAUAAGUAAAUAUUUAAAUCGAAUAAAUACAUAAGUAAGUAAAAAAGAAAAGAAUAUUAAGAAAAGAAAGAAAGGAAGAAAGAAAUCUAUACGAAAUUACUUUCGUAAGAGAUAAUACAAAAGUGUGUUAAUCCAGGAAGAAAAGGGGUUACGUUAGACUAGAAGCAAACGAGGAAGAGGAAGAGGAAGAGAAAGGCAGAGUAGUAGCAGUGUGUAGGAAAAGAAAAGAAAAAAAAAGAGCGAGUAGAGAAAGAAAAAAAAAGGGAAAGGAGAAUGACGCGAUGAUGGCCUACGGAGGAAGCGCUGGUAACGGUGGAGGCGCGAUGGGACCUUCGGCUGGUGGCGGAGGCGGUGCUGGUACGACGGACGUUUUAGGCUCGACCAGCGAUUAUAGUCCUCAAAGCACGCCGACGCCACUCUCGGCCUCGCAUUCGUCCGCUGGCGUCGAGGCGGCGGCCGCGGUUACGAGCUACGGUACUGGUACCACCGGGACGACGAGCAAUUACAGUCCCCAGGACAGUCCCGCCAGCUCGGCGGGCGGUGCUACCAACAACGGACAACUUCCGACAUUCGGUUUCACCCAGGAACAAGUUGCCUGUGUUUGCGAGGCGAUGGUGUCGAAUGUUCAGGUUCUCCAGCAAGCAGGCUCCGUGGAAAGGCUUGGAAGAUUUCUCUGGUCUUUACCGGCUUGUACGAGAUUACACAGAAACGAGAGCGUUCUAAAGGCAAAGGCUAUAGUCGCUUUCCAUCGUGGCCAAUUCAAAGAGCUCUACAGGAUUCUUGAGAGCAAUACCUUCAGUGCGCACAAUCAUCCAAAACUUCAGGCUCUUUGGUUGAAGGCACAUUAUAUCGAGGCUGAGAGACUUCGAGGGAGGCCACUCGGUGCGGUCGGAAAAUAUCGAGUCCGUCGUAAGUUUCCAUUGCCAAGAACGAUAUGGGACGGCGAAGAAACGUCUUAUUGCUUCAAGGAGAAAUCAAGGAGUAUCCUGCGGGAAUGGUAUGCUAACAAUCCUUAUCCAUCGCCGCGAGAAAAACGUGAAUUGGCUGAGAACACGGGUCUGACGACAACUCAAGUUAGCAAUUGGUUUAAGAAUCGUAGACAGAGAGACCGUGCAGCGGAACAUAGCGGUCAAAGGGAAGACAAAACCCAUGGUGGUGGUCUUGGUGACUCCAGUAGUGAGUCUGGCGAUGAAGCCAAAAGACAAUCCGUCGUUCAACAACAACAGCAACAACAACAACAACCGUCGGCUUGUGCCGUUCAACAACAACAACAACAACAACAGCAACAGCAAAUGGUCGAACACCAACAAACUUCGAGUAUGUACCAAUUACCACCUCCUGCUGCGGUCUCAAGUCCUCACUCCUAUCAUCAGACUCAUGGUACAAGUCUGAGUCAUCCGCAUACACCCACCCAUCAUAUGCAACAUCAUGACACCAGCAGCGAGAGCGGCGACGACAAGAGAAACCUCCACCAUCAGUUGCAACAUCAUCUUCAGGUUGGUGCACACGGUACCCAUGGUCUUGUUCAUCCUACGGCGACCUUACCACCGCCGCCGCCAAGCUGUGCUCAACAGAAGAGCCAACUUGAUUAUAUGCAGUAUUAUAGCCCUCAGGAUUACCUGAUAGGCACGCCCACCUCGGCGGAUCUGCAGAAGUCGCUUCCUCACACGGCCACGUCAAUGCAGAUGGGUGCUAUAGCACCUUCGAUGGGUGGCCUAAGCCCGAUGGCACCUUCGACGAUGUUACAGAACACUAUGCAGGGCGUGAACAGCAUGAAUACCAUGUCGAUGAACGGUAUGGGAAUGGGAGCCUAUCAGGGAAUGGGUUCGAUGGGGAUGUCGACGUCGCAUACGAGUUACCACAGUGGACUCGUCUUAGGCGAUUAUCAUUCGUUGUGACCUUGGGCUCCGAACGGUCAGAGUAAAAGGAAUCCAGAAAAAACUUAAGGAUAAACGAACUUCCGAAACGAACUCAGCUAUUCAUCCACACAUACACACACACACACACAACAUUCCGAAUAAAUGUCUUGUAUUAAUUAAAAAUUAAUUAACACGUGAUAUAACUAGAGAUGGACGAAAUGUUAUCGAGAGAAGCUAAUUAUUUUAAUAAUUCUUUUUUUGUUUUCGCUGCAUAUAGUAAACAAAAAGUUGUUUUUUUUUUCUUUUCUCUUUUAAAGCGACAUUAAACUCUGACAUUAAUUCGUCUUAAUAUUAUUUAUAUUAAUUUUUUCAAAAGCUCUCGCUUGAUAAUUUUGCUUCAUUCUCAAUAGUUGCAAUUUUACUGCUAAAUAAAAAUAUAAUUUAAAAAACUAUUAAAGAUACUUUUGAAGUUGCGAUAUAAGUUAUAUUUGUAUAUAUAUAUUUUUUUAUGUCCACGAAUAAUAAGAGGCACUAUAAAACAAUAGCAUAAAAAACGUGUUAAUCUACAUAAACUAAAAAAAAAAUAAUACGGCAGAGCUCUCAUUCUUUCGACGAAAUCUUUUUAGACUUUAGUCCAAAACGUCUAUACAUAAGUAAAUAGAUUAGAUAAAUAAAUAAAUAAAUAAAGUAAAUAAAUAAAUAAAUAAAAAUAUAUAUACACAUAUUUAAAUUUGUACAAAUAAAAAUGCUACGAUUCGACCAAAGCUACAGAUUAAUUUCUAUCUUAGAGAUUCUAGAGUAUGACGUUGUGUAUUGUACAUUACUCUUGCACAAAACAUGAAAACACAUUUGCGCACGCAAUAUAUUAUAUAUAUAUAUAUAUAUAUAUAUAUAUAUAUAUAUAUAAUCAAUCUAGAUAUAUGUAUAAUAUAUGAAAGAAGUCGGAAAGAAAAAUGAAAGAAGGCAACAGAACAAAUGUGUCAUAAAUAAUACUUACGGUUGCAAAAAAGAGAGAGAGACAUACACUUAGACGAUUGAUUCCGUGUAUUUUCGAACGGACAAAUAAUAUAAAUAAUAAAAAAAAAAUUGCACAAUUAUGAAGGAAUAGAGGAGAAGAGGAGGGGGCGGCAGGUAGGAGAACACAAUGAGUGUGUAUUGUACGUGUGAUGUGCGUAUGCUGGCGUGAAAAUGAGUAUAUAUCUGAAGAAUAAAAGGGAAUGAAGUGAGAUUGAGAGAGAGAGAGAGAGAGAGAAUGAGAGAGGAAGAAAGAAUGAGAAUAAGAAUAAGAAAAGUAUGAAAAAAGACGAGAAUAUAAAGAAGAAAAAAAUAAAUAAAUGAAAAAAAAAAGAGAUAAAAGAUCCAUCGAUGUACGAUCGUACUGUAAUAAUAACAAGUAAGUUGAUGUUAUUUAAAAAAAAAUAUUAUCUACGAAUAAAAAGAAAAUAUUAUCUA